AAAAAACAAAAACGAAUAUAAAAAGCUGAAAAAGUUUUCUGAAGUCUAUGGCAAAUUAAUGUUAGACGCGACAGUAAACACAAACAAAGAGACAGAAACGUGAUCCAGCCAGCCUCAAAGACGGCGAAGAAUACGGCGGAGAUUCCAAACGAUCACCUACUUUGACAUUUCACGGCGGCUGAACUUUGAGUUUCUCCGAUCUGAUCAUGGUGAUCGCAGCUGCUUCUUCUUUUUCCCUCGGUCCAUCUCAUUGCCAUCAUUACUCUUACACGGAUGACUUCCCUUCCUACAAAAGACACAGCAGCGCAAGAAACCGUGUCUUUGAUGGAUCUGCCUCUGCUAAUCUCUCCGUAUUAAGUUCCAGAUCCAAGAUACCUUCUUUUGGAUCAGCCUUUCAUGUAGCAACCGGUGGACAUGACCUUGGCCUCACCAAAGUUUCCGUGGCUGCUGAUUAUUCUGACUCAGUGCCUGAUUCUUCUUUCUACGGCUAUCAUCCUCUGGAAGAUCUGAAGCCUGGCAAAAGAGUCCAGGAGACAAAACUCUCUCCUGCUGAAGUAGCAAGGACUACCGUCGAGGCUAACAGCAGUGCUGUGUUGGUGUUCCCUGGAGCAAUUCACUGUGAACCACACGAUCAUAAUUCAUGGUCUGAGUUUAAGUACGUCAUUGAUGAUUAUGGAGAUAUCUUCUUCGACAUUCCUGAUGAUGUGAACAUCUUAGAAGAUCCUGGAGCUAGUAAUCCAGUGAAAGCCUUUUUUGGAAUGGAUGUCCCACGCUACGAAAACUCACGGCUCCAUGAGGAAUAUAACAUUUCAGAAAUUGGUAAUCUUGACCAAAUCAUCUUUGAUGACCAUUAUUUCGAGAUGAUGGACUCUGAAGCUGGAGACAUUCCGGUUGAUUGGGGAAUGCCUGACACUUCCAAUGGCGUUCAUCCUAUCUACUUUGCCAAACACAUGUCAAAGGCUAUCAGCAUGGACUAUGACAGGAAAAUGGACUAUCCAUCUAAUGGUGUAUCCAUACUCGCAUGCCUUAGGCCGGCUUUCCUUGACGAGGAAUCCUAUAUAAGAAGAUUGUUUCUCUCGGAAGAUAGAGAUGACUAUAGCUGGGAGGUUCAAGGUGAUGAUAAUCAAAACACUACUUCCAGACAUGACGAGAACGAUAUGAGUUCUAGUCUAUAUAGAUUAGAGAUUGUGGGAAUAGAGCUUCUCUCCCUCUAUGGAACAGAGUCUUCUAUAAGCUUGCAAGAUUUUCAAGACGCUGAACCAGACAUCUUAGUGCACUCUACUUGUGCAAUCAUAGAGCGUUUCAACAACAGAGGGAUUAGUUCAGACAUUGCACUUAAAGCUCUAUGCAAAAAGAAAGGUCUUCAUGCAGAGGAAGCUAACCUGAUCAGUGUUGAUAGCCUUGGUAUGGAUGUGAGAGUUUUCACAGGCGCACAAGUCCAAACUCACCGUUUCCCUUUCAAAACCAGGGCUACAACAGAAAUGGCAGCAGAAAAGAAGAUGCACCAGCUGCUGUUCCCUCGUUCACGCAGAAGGAAGUUGAAGUCUAACGACGAGAGUCUGAAGGACGCAUACCGUUAGAAGAUCCGUUAUCAAAGUCACCAAUCUGAAACAAAGUUAACAGAGAAGGAGCUGUGUUGCCACUGUGGAGUUCUUUGCUCUGACGUUUUAUGUACAUAAAGAUGAGCUUCCAAGAGAGACCGUACUAGGGCUGUGUGGAGAUUGCCGCUUCUUACAUUGUCUUAGUAAGUUAAAUAAAAUAAAAUAAAAAAUGUAAGAAUAAAUAGAAGUUGAUACAUUUGAAGUAAACUUCUAUGAUAAGUCCAAUGUUGUUCUGUUUUUUUUUUUACAACUAACUUAAAGAUCAAAUAAAACCUUUUUGUUUCCUC